AUGAUCACUGCUACAUCCUUCUUGAAUCACCUUGGGAGCCGACCGCCGCGGUAUCGCACUCCCUCGCCGCCGCGACGCGCCGUCGAGCCUAUCUCGCCUUGCUCGACCUCCGACCUCCGUGCAUCAUGGGUCGACCGCAACGUCUCCCGGGUUGCUACCUCCGAUCGCGACCACUUCCUACCUCACAAUCCUACAAAUCAUCAUCAUCAUCAUCAUCAUCAUCAUCAUCAUGCUGAUGAGACAGCUUCUCAUCGCUCUAGCCAUGGCCGCUCCGGUUCUACCAUCGACGCUCUCGCAACGAUCGCCUUAGCGACGAGCCCGACCUUCGCACCUCUUUCCUACCGACCUCCUUCUCAAAACUCCACACCCGCCAUGUCGCUAUUCCCCUCCGAGCCCAUCGAAUCCACAGAACGCCCAAAUAAGCGUCCGCGGUCGGAAAAGGAUCCCUCUCCUUACACCCAGCACCGGACAGUGGCCGUGUCGGAUGCAAAUUCUGCUUCGUUGUUUGAUAGCAUGAAGACGGAUGCAGAGCUUUUGCUGAAUCUGGCCCGGCCCACGAACUUUCAUCCUCCCUCGCAUUCCGCAAAGCGUGUCAGCAUCGACGAGUCGUUUUAUCAUUAUGGGGACGAACAAAAGCAUCAUGUCACGGCGGAUUCGGGCGGCGCGAGCUGGAGGUUCAACGACGAAAAAUAUGCAUACAGUGCACCCGGGCCCAACAACAUGCCGUCUCGGCUGAGGUCACAGUCCGACGGUUCAGCUGCCAUAUCACGCCCGGUCAUUCAUGGCGUGCGACCCAAUACAAGCUCCUCUACUCUUCCACCAAUUCUCUGGCAGGAGGAAGGGGACGCUGAAAACGACUAUCCCCCCACGAAGUUCACCAUAAAUGGUAGACCGAGCGAGACACAGGCACAACAUUCAAUGCACACCACACACGCCGCGCAAAUGCCGAUAGAGCAUUCCUCCAAGAUUGACGAUGAAGCGGAGGAGUCUAACCAGGCUAGCUGCGCGGCUUGCAACCUUGUGCGGAUUCCGAUGGACACUGGCGAGCAAGGCGACGUGACAUGGAUCAGCUGCGAUGGUUGUAAACGGUGGUUUCAUAUUGUUUGUGCUGGAUUCAAGAGUGACCGUGAACUCCGAACGGUGGACAAAUUUAUCUGUCGAGAAUGCCGUCCUAUUUAUGGACAGACUACUUUCGUGCGCAAAUCCUCUCGGGCUCGCACAGCUAUUGAUUAUGCCGGCCUCAACCAAGGGCUGGUCAAGGCCGCAACGGACUCUCUCGAACACCACUACAUUGAACCCAUCCGACAGGGCAAAAUCCAAUUCCUCCCCGAAAACUUCCCACGAAUGCGUCCUGAGCUGGUCACUGCCGAAUAUUUCGAGCGAGGCAAUGGCAUGACGGAACCGAUUGUCAUUCCUGCGGAGUGGAACACUCGCGAGUCCGUUUCUAUUAGUGAUUCCGAGUUUGACGCUCUAGUACAAGAAGCGCCUACGCAAGAGAUGUUUGACGAAUUGCUGGAUCAUGUUGCUGAGCAAGAGGAAGGCUAUGAGCAAGUGAUAGAUUGCGGCCAGGACCAGUUGGACAUGGUGAUACCUGAAGGCCUCACCGUUCGAAGAGUUGCGGAGCUUUACGGACCGGAAGAAAGAGUGGAGGUCAUUGAUGUCAAAUCGCAACAGAACGAAGACAAGAGGUGGACAAUGCAGAAAUGGGCGGAAUACUACGAGAGUACCGGCGACAAGGUUGUCCGAAAUGUCAUCAGUUUGGAAGUCUCACAGAGCCCAUUGGGCAAGCUUAUUCGUCGGCCAAAGGUUGUCCGGGAUCUUGACCUUCAGGACUCUGUCUGGCCUGAAGAACAGAAGGCCGUCGGUGACUGCCCGAAAGUUCAAUUCUACGUCUUGAUGUCUGUUGCCGACUGCUAUACCGAUUUCCACAUCGACUUUGGAGGGUCCUCAGUAUACUACCAUAUUCUGAAAGGCAAGAAAACCUUCUUCUUCAUCCCGCCGAAGGACAAACACCUGAAGAAGUAUGAGGAGUGGUGCAAUUCUCCUGCGCAGGAUUCCACCUUUCUUGGGGACCAGACCAAGGAAUGCUAUCGCGUGGAUCUGUCUGAAGGCGAUACGAUGCUGAUCCCCUCGGGCUGGAUCCAUGCCGUCUGGACUCCGGAGAACAGUCUUGUCAUCGGCGGAAAUUUCCUUACGAGGCUGAAUUACGGGAUGCAGAUCAAGAUCGCGCAGAUUGAGAAGGAUACCAAGGUGCCAAGGAAGUUCAGGUACCCGUUCUUCCAGAAGAUCCAAUGGUAUACCGCGUUGCGAUAUCUCGAAGAUGACCCGCUACCGCAAAGCGUUCUUGACGCCUUCGCACAGGACGAGAACUACCGCUUCCACCGUGCGUAUCCAAUUUACUACGAAUUCGGCGAACGGACGAACAAUGCGCCUGCCGGCUCACCUUAUCACAACUCGCGCUUCUAUUCUCAGGCGGAACUGGAAGGGCUACCAGAUCUUGCAAAAUACCUUUAUCACACUGCCCUCAUUGCUGGCGCCUAUCUGACGGAGGGCGUGACGAUGGAUACUAGAAAUGCGGUCAAACGCUCGAUACCCAAGAUGUCCGGGGAGCCAAUCGAUGCCGUGAGGAAAUUUGGCAUCUGGGUCGCCUGGAAGCGUGGCAAUGAGAGGGCACCGUAUUGGACCCGCCCUGGCGUGGCUGAAAGCAAUGCGAAGCUCAGUCUCGCGGAGAAGAAGCCUGCCGGAAGGCCCAGCCGUCGGUCAGAGCGUAAUGCUGAGAGCCAGCGCACGUACGCCGAACGCCAGGCUGUACAGAGGCUUCCCGAGCCGGCUCAUGAUCCAGCAACCGAACUGAGCAAUAGUAGUGGUCCGCUGAAUGCCGGGGCUGCUAUGCCAGACGGCCCGUCAAGCAGUGGUAUCAAAGAAGAGCCUGCUCCCAAAUCGCGCGCUGCACCCCGUGGCUCCGGACUGGGCCCUAAGCGCGUUGCCUGCGAUGCCUGUCGCAAACGAAGGAUCCGAUGUCACCACAAGGAUGAACAUAACGACGGUAUCUCCAGCAAGUCAACGGCAGUGACCGCUUUUGGUCCCAGCAACCAUUCGUUGGCACACGACGCAGCGUCUGCGCUGAAUUCACUUGCCGCUAUUGCAUCGGAAGCAGGCUUUCAAGACAAUGGAAGUGGCAGGAAUCCGGACCGGUUUGAAGUCGCUGCCAAGUUCAACUCGGCCAUUCUGGGUACGCCGCGUGCACCGGUCAAUGGACUCGGACUCAACGAUGUCAGUCCUGAAGGCGCCAACACCGGAAAGAAGGGCCGCAGCAAGGCCUGCGACGAUUGCCGGAAGAGCAAGCGUCGGUGUAUCCACGAUGAGUACGGCCGUAUUGACCCUGUCAAGGCGCAAGAACGAGCAAAGCCGCGCGCUGCUGCUUCUGCCAAACGGCCCCGUAUCAAUGAAGAAGGAACUGGGCCAAUGAUUCACAAACGGAUGAAGCAGGAGAGCACGUCCCCUACGUCGAGACCGGCACAUCUCAGCAACAGCCGUGAAGUUGGUGCGCUGGGGAUGCAAGAUACCCACAUGCCCGAUCAUGAUCAUGCAGCCCUGGAUCUCCAUGCGCCGUUCUCGGAUGCGCCGCUGGUUGAUAAAGACGCAAAUCGGCAGUCCGGUAUGACUGUUGGGGAAAAGGAAGCACCAUUGGGGCCAACCUCCUACGCAUCACCGCCUACGUUCCAGACUGACACGGUCGAUGCUAAGGAAAUAAAUUCUGCGCCCGUUUCUAAGCCUACUGCCACCCUUGUAUCACCACCGACCUCACUGGCCGACGAGACCGACGUUCCUCAGGAGCAGGCAGAUGGAGAAGGGGAUCAUGUGGUAGUCCUGCACACACCAACCUCAAGUUCCCGGCACUCCUCGCGCCAGCCGCGCCAAGUCGACCGCUACAUGCCCGAGACACAUGUUUCCAAGCCGACCAAGGGGACGACCCAUACUCCCACAGCUCGUCGUUCUUCGUUUGGUGGGUCAAGCGGUGGUGUGCGAAAAUCCACUCCAGGUCCUUCUUCAGGAUCCAAAAAGUCGGCAUCACGCCCCUCCUCAUCCUCGCAUGCGAAGAAGAGUUUCUGGGCGACAGACGAGAAGAAAGGUGACCGGCAUGCUGCGACGUCAACAUCACCCGGGCAGCCGGGCAAGAACUCUAAGCGGGUCGCGGACGAGGAGCCAGAUGCUGAAAGCCUCCGCUUGAUCCGUGAACUGCAAGAAGCCGAGUUUGGGCUACGCAAGAGAUCUACGCGAGUGUGA